AUGGAAAGCUGUAGCAAGCGCACUGUUGUUUUUCCAGUGAACCACGCAUCUACCAAUAAAAGAAAUGGGAAUCAGAAUUACUUUUCGACUCCCCUAGGAGGGGUAGGAGAAAGAUCUAGUAGAAAAUCCUCCGGGAAUUUUACAUUACUGAAACCCCUGCAUAUAUUGCUUAUAGCCCUGUUAUCCCUUUUGUUACAAGUAAGAAUUAAUGCAAAUUCAAGUGAAGAAUUGAAUACUACUGGAGGAAAGGCAAUUGUUAAGGAAUCAACAAAUCAGGAUAAUUCUGCCGAUUCGAAAAAUGAAGAAGAAAUAACCCCAGAUGUCAUAAAUCAUCUAGUUAACAGGUUAAAUAAAACUAGAAUAAAAUAUGAUAACCUAGAAUAUGAUUUAAGUAUUUAUGUCGAUGAUGCAACAAAAGAACUAACUGUCCCAGAAAAAUAUAAAACUAAACAAUUGAAGAAAGUUCAGGAUUCCCUAAGGAUACCUGUCUUUGAAUUUGAAGAAAAAAUAUAUAGAAGAGUUGCAAACAUAAUUUAUUCACGUGGACGAUCAUUUAUUGAAUUUGAAAUAAAUAUAAUAUAUUUUAGAAAUAAAUGGGAUGCUUUCAUAAAAGAAAAAGAGUGUAUUGCCAAAGAACGCUUAAAAAAAGCCAUGAAAAAUUUUCAGAAAUAA